AUGCAAACUCGCUGUCUUCUCAAGGGCCCAAUAACAUAUUCAGUCGCAAAAGAGCGGGAGGAUAACAUACUACAUCAGCUGCAAUACCAUGAUGCUCGAGCCUCGUUCUUCUCUCACUUAAACGCAAACACUGACUGGAUCCGAAGAGUCGUCACCCACCACCUCCGCUUGGGGUCGCCUGAGAGAUGCCAUGUCUCAGAUUCAGUAGAGUGGAUUCAUGGCAGCUUUAAUGUUUGCAUCCCAGUCACAAUUGACCGCUGGAACCAUCAGAACCAAUUGGGGAGUCGAGUCAUGAUGCGGUUCCCGCUUCCCUACCGUGUUGGCGAAGCGUUUAGACCCGGAAAUGGUGAUGAGAAGCUUCUUUGCGAAGCAGGUACUUAUGCAUGGCUUCAAGGACAGUGUCCCGACGUGCCGAUUCCUUACCUAUAUGGAUUUGGAUUGUCGACCGGCGGAAAGUUUACUCAUAUUGACCAACUCCCCAUAUGGAACAGAUACUUCCAGAAGUUGCGCCGGUGGUGGUUUUCUCUACUUGGUUUUGGCAUGCCGUCAAACUACGUACCCAACAACCAAGCCAGCAGUCGUGGUAUUGGUGUCGGGUAUGUAUUGAUAGAGCACGUCGAGGAACCCCAGGGAGCGAUGCUAUCCCAGACAUGGCAGGAGAAUCACUCAAACUCAGAGUUACGUGCAAACUUAUUUCGGGGCCUUUCUAGAAUAUUGCUGAGUGUCAGCCGAAUACCACUCCCAAGAAUCGGCUCUUUCAUCAUCGACAAGAAUGGAUAUUUACGUCUUGAAAACCGACCACUCUCAAUGGAACUCCAGAUGCUGGAGAACGAGGAGGUGCCAACUGAUGUUCCUCGUGAUCUUACUUACUCCACUGUGGAGUCCUAUACAGCCGAUCUGCUUCACAUCCAUGACAGCCGCCUCCAGAAUCAACCAAAUGCGGUAAAUGAUGUACCAGACUGCAGCAUCCAAAUGGCGACCUUAGCGGCCAUGCGGGCUGUGCUGCCUAUAUGCUUUUCCCGAGAAUUUAGCCGUGGUCCCUUUGUCUUUUCCCUGACGGACUUGCAUCAGAGCAAUAUCUUUGUUGACCAGAAUUGGAACAUUACCUGCCUUGUGGACCUUGAGUGGGGUUGUUCUCGACCGAUUGAAAUGAUCGAGCCGCCGUAUUGGUUGACUGGAAAAGCCGUGGACCAAAUUGAUGCAGACGAAUACAAUAUUCCCCGAACAGAAUUUCUAGAGGUACUUGCGACGGAAGAAGCAGCAAUCGCCAACAAGGACAUGCUGCGCUUGUCCGAAGUUCUUGACAAUACGUGGAUGACUGGGACAUUCUGGGUUACUUUGGCACUAUCAAGCCCUUCAGCUUUAUUUACAAUCUUUGCAAAGCAUAUCUACCCACAGUUCUCGUGCGAUGGCAACCCUGCCGACGGAGCCCUGCCUUUUCUUUGGGCAAAGAAUGCACCGCGCUUUGUUCUUCAAAAGGUGACUGAAAAGGAGACGUACGAUCAAAAGCUACGACGUGCCUUUGAGGGUCCGGCCUGA